AUGUUGGAUGUGGUUAAGAGCAUCGUUACUGCAACCAGUUUAGUAGACGCCAGUCAUAAAAUUGUCAAACACAACUUAACCCGAGAAGAAAUGACCAGCCUGCAGAAGCAGAUUUACUAUUCAGAUAAAUACACGGAUGACGAAUAUGAAUACAGACAUGUAGUGCUUCCCAAGGAGAUUGCAAAGCUUGUUCCUAAAACCCAUUUAAUGUCUGAGACAGAAUGGCGAAGCAUUGGUGUCCAACAAAGCCAGGGAUGGGUUCAUUAUAUGCGGCAUGCUCCAGAGCCACAUGUGCUGCUGUUCAAAAGGAAGCUGCCAGCAAACUAA